CAGUGGGUGGUUUGUGCUCCGUUCAGUACGUUCAGACUCGAAGAGGAUUAGCACAGAGAAAAGCAGUGCGAUCGGUGAGCGAUUUUGUUGGAUUCGCAUCCCGACCUCGUUCCUUAAUUUUCUUUCCAGCGUAGAUCAUCGAUGGUUUUCCACGGCUGACUAAUGGAUUAAUGCUAAUUUGCACCUCGUCGACCCGGGAAAAUCGCCAGUAGUUGGAUAUAUCAGCUGAAGAUCUGAAGUGAGCUCACUCCGUAAGAUCACCGUCACAGUGGACGGAGAUGAAGACACUGGAAGAGCCCCCGUACCUCACCGUGGGUACUGAUGUGAGUGCCAAAUACAGAGGGGCGUUCUGUGAAGCCAAGAUCAAGACUGCUAAGAGACUGGUGAAAGCAAAGGUCACCUUCAGACCCGACUCCUUCACUGCUGAGGUGCAUGAUGAAAACAUCAGAGGAGUUCUGAAGGUGGGUGCGGUUGUGGAAGCGAGGAAUCAGGAUGGAAUCUACCAGGAGGCCAUCAUCAAUAAACUCACAGAUGCCAGUUUGUACACAGUUGUGUUUGAUGACGGUGAUGAGAAGACCCUCAGACGUUCAUCUCUCUGUCUGAAAGGAGCGCGUCACUUUGCGGAGAGCGAGACGCUGGACCGGCUUCCUCUGACUAACCCCGAACACUUCGGCACGCCUGUCAUCGGCAAGAAAAGAAACCGCGGGGGCCGCCGCUCCAAUCCCAUUCAAGAGGAAGAUCCAUCUUCAUCAUCCAGUGAGGAAGAGCAGGGAGAUCAGCAACAGAAUGAAGAGCUGUAUGGUAAAGCGGUGUGUGUGGAUGCAGUCGUAACCACUGAAAAGAAGAAAAGCUCAUGGUAUCCCGCUCUGGUCAUCUCUCCUGACUGUCAUGAAGACGUGACAUUGAAGAAAGACAACGUUUUCGUUCGCUCCUUCAAAGACGGAAAAUUCUACACAGUGUUCCGGAAAGAUGUUCGAGAGCUGAAUGUAGAGAAGAUUCCUAAAGCAGACGCAGCGCUCAAACCAGCAUUAGACGCGGCCUGUGAGUUCCAGCGUGACGGCACUGUGCCCAGCACAUGGAGGACAGAAGUUAAGGACGAGAGCUCCAGCAGUGAAGAAGAUGCUGAAGAAGAGGAGGAGGAGAGAGAGGAAGAGGAGGGCAGCAGUGAGGAGGAAGAGGAGGUGGAGCCGUUCCCUGAGGAGAGAGAGAACUUCCUACAGCAGCUUUAUAAGUUUAUGGAGGACAGAGGAACAGCGAUAAAUAAAAGGCCGGUGUUGGGCUACAGGAAUCUGAAUCUCUUUAAACUCUACAGGCUGGUUCAUAAGCUCGGAGGAUUCGACAACAUCGAGAGCGGAUCUGUCUGGAAGCAGGUGUAUCAGAAUCUGGGCAUCCCCGUGCUAAACUCUGCUGCCGGAUACAACGUCAAAUGUGCCUACAGAAAGUACCUGUAUGGAUUUGAGGAUUACUGCGCCUCCACUGGCAUCACAUUCCGCAUGGAUCUGCCGUAUAAAACGGGCGAGAAGACCGAUGCGAAGGCAGAGGAGACCGCCGCCGCCAGUAACACCCACUCAUCUGGAGAAGAACUGAAGAAAGAAGCAGAGACCUCCAACACUCCUCAUGUGCUCAAGGAGGAGGAGACAGACGCCGCAGGGCCGUGUGAAGAGAAAGUGGACAUCAACCGUGUAAAUGAAGAUGAUGAUCAUCACGCUGCUGAUGAAGAGGAGAAUGACGAAGAGCUUCACGAAGAGGGCCCGACAGCAGACAGUCUCGUCGCCGAGGGCCUGAAGGAGGAACCCUGCGACGAAUCCGAUGACAAAGAUCUGCCUGGGGAUGUCAGCAGUCAGGAAUGGGAGGAAGGGGAAGAAUUUGAGUGUUAUCCUCCUGGGAUGAAGGUGCAGGUGAGAUAUGGGCGAGGCCGAAAUCUGAAGACGUACGAUGCCACUGUGAAAGAUGCAGACCUGGAGGGGGGACAGGUGCUCUACCUGGUGCACUACUGUGGCUGGAACAUCAGAUACGAUGAAUGGAUCCGAGCCGACAAGAUUAUCAGACCAGCUACUAAGAACGUCUCUAAAAUAAAACAUCGCAAAAAAAUAAAGAAUAAAUCGGAGCGAGAGCGAAUAGAGAGACUGACAGACAGAGAUGAUCUUCCUCCAUCAAAGAAUCGUGUCGGGCGAUUGUCCAAAGCAAACACUGGCAGUGAGUGUGAGGAUAAUGAAAACCAGCAGACGCCUGACAAGACAACAGAGAUCACGUCCAUCCUCAACGGACUCCCGGCGUCUGAGAGCUCAACAGACGACAGUGAACGAGAAGAGGAUGGUGAAGCCGAUCACGAUGAAGAGGAACGCGGUGGAAGAUCAAGCCUUCGGAAAGGAGUUCGUCUGGAUCAGCCGCGUGCACCACAGCAGUGGAAGAGCGGCGGUCCGUCGGAGGGAUUUAAAACGCCGGCAGGUGUGGACAACACCCAUGAACUGAGUGCCCGCGACUGCCCGGAACCAGCCAAGAGGAAGGCUCAGUUUGAGGCUGAGGUGACCAAAAAGAAAAAAGCAGAAGCUCUAGGAGAGCGCACCUUGAAAAGCCAAACGAAAGGCAAGAGCAGAGGAUCCAGGGCGGGAGACUGGCUACCCGGCAGUUCGCCCAAAAAACUGGAAGAGCGAGGAGCCGGAGAAGAUGGAGGUCCUCAGACUUGUAGCAGCUCCGAAGACGAAGCCGAUCCUUCGACUGACGCUCGGGCCAAAGAAGAGUCCAGAGGACAUUCCAAAACCAAAUCCUCCUCGUCCAAGAAGUACAACGGCCUCAAGGAGAAGAAUAAAGCCGGGUGUUCAGGAUUCUGGGACGUCCCAGAGAAAAGAGGCAAAAUGUUGGCUGGGACAGAGGAGAGGGCGUCCAGCUGUCGGACCAAAGGCCAGAAGGACGUUUGGUCCAGUAUUCAGGUCCAGUGGCCCAAGAAGACUCUGAAGGAUCUGUUUUCGGACUCUGACACCGAGGCGGCUAACUCUCCUCCCCCUGCGGUGACCGCCCCGGACGAGCCGUGCACGGAGCCCGCGAGGGACGAGGAGAACGGUGAGGAACAGCAGGAGACGAUCCCAGGGGAGAAUCCCGGUAGCGGCACCAACUCUGUGCUCAACACGCCGCCCACCACACCCGAGUCUCCGGCUGUAGGCGAGGGUCCCCCGGAGGUCCUGGCUGAGGUCCGGCCGUCCUCGCCGCCUGCCAGCCCUCAGACGGUUUCUCUGCCGCCGGGACCACUGGUUGAGGAGAGGACGGGGGGACGCAGCGAGUCGGACAGCAGCACGGUGGAGGUGGAGAGUUUGGCUGGAGAGAUCCAGGAGAUGCAUCAAGAUGAGGGGGAGGCAGGUUCUCCCUCCAAAGCUUUUGAUGGCAAUCUGUCCUGCAACAGUAACAGCAACUGUAGUGUGAGUCUGAGUCACAGCAGUCUGCAGGAGAGCGAUCCGAAAGCCAAAGCGUCGUCUGCUCAGAAGCGUCACAGGGAUUCUCAAGGGGGCGGAGCUUCAAAGAAACACAAGCGGAGUCAAAAGAGCCUGAACUUACAUCCCAAGAAGAACCGCAAAACAGCUCACAGCAGUGACAGUGAGGAUCAGUCUAUCAGCGAGAGCACUGCCAAAUCACCCUCAUCCAAGAGCAACAGCGAUCUGAAGCUGGCUAGCUCGCCCAGGUGCUCCGGCCGAACGACGCCAUCAGGCCACAGAUACCACAAACACGUGGACCACGAACAUCCCCACACCAGAGAUCAACACGGCAGGAGCAAAUGGAGUCUCCAGAUGUCGGACUUGGAAAAGCUGAGCAGUCCUGAGCGGAUAACAUUCCUUCAGGAGAAACUGCAGGACAUCAGGAAUCAUUACCUCCUGCUGAAAUCUGAGGUGGCGUCCAUCGACCGGAGACGAAAGCGCAUGAAGAAGAAAGAGAGAGAGAGUGCCACGGCGGGAUCGUCCUCCUCCUCUUCACCGUCGUCCAGCUCACUCACGGCAGCCGUCAUGCUUACGCUGGCCAACCCGACCGUUUCGGGUGCUUCGCAAAACUCUGGGCUAUCCGUGGAGUGCAGGUGACAGGAAUGGGACGGCACCGAGCAGCACAGAGCACUUAACCAGCACCCGGCCCGGCUCCGGCCCGACGGACACAAAAGCGGGGUACGGAAACCAUAGCCACCAGAUGACCACAACAAGCACUAUUUUAUAGCGACAACUGUUUUCUUGGCAAGCUAUUUGCACUCAAGUGCACUUUUUUUCCGAGAGGUUGGGUGGGUCGGGUUCGACAAUAGGCCGCGAAGACUAUUUGUGUGUUUGUUCAUGAGCAUUAAUAUUCUCUCCUGUCUUUGAAUAUGGCUUUUACUACAGUGAUGGAGCGCUUUAAUACACGUGUGUUUCUGCAAUGUUACCUGUCACACACCCGUCUUCACCUGGAGCCGCCGGCGCCCCCUACAGAUGGGCGGAAGAAGAAGGAAAAUCAAGCCUGGAGGUCGUGAGGUCAAUGCCUUAAUGUGCACUCAGUAGGGCACUCGAGUGGGGACGCCGGCUUGAUGUUUCAUUACACUUCUGGAACACACAACACGUGUUUUUUUCUGUACUUCAGGAUGUCCUCAUUCUGAAUCUGACCAAACCUGUGAAGAACAUAUUUCAGCCCAAAGUCAAACGACUUACGUUUUGCUUAAAGAAAAUGAAUGACUUAAUCACGACACAAAGUAUUUAUACAUUGUAUUUUAUAUACUUAUCCAAAUGAAACCAAGUCUUGUAAUACUUUUUAAAAACAAAAUACUGUAAUACAGUAAUGAAGAUCACCUGAAGAAAUGAUGAGAAAAUGUGCCUAAUGAAAAUAAUCCCAUCGAGCAAAAUAGUCGUUUUCAAAGUCAAAGCUUCAUUUUCUUUAUGCAAAAAUUCGCUCUUCUUUCUAUUUGGGGUGACGCUCAUUCUCAAAACUCACAACGUGUUUAUUUUAAGCAAUGAUUUCAGAAUGUCAUGGAAAAACAUCUGCACCCCCACGUUCUUAAAAUGUAUUUUUUUCGGGGGCGACAAGCAGCUGAACGCGGCGCAUGAUUGGCUGAAUGAAUCCUUGCCAAGGGCUAUCGAGUGAAAGUGCGGAUGUCUGUAGAAAUAAGAAGAGUUGGAACGUCUCGGGCGUUCAAAUGUACUCCGAUUGUUGACAAUUGGAGAAUGGAUGAGGAUUUCUGGCAGCCAGGAUUCUAAAUGUAUUUUACUACUGAACUAUAUCCAGACCCUGUGGGUGGGGGUGUGAGGAAUAAUGUGGCAGUAUUCAGAAGUGCAAUGACAGAGACUGUAUGAAUCUGUUCUGUGCUGGCGUUUGUGUGUCUUCCUUUUCUUCCUUCAUCCCUUCUUCUUUUGAAAUGCCAUUAAUAAAGCACUUCUCUGCCGCUGUGGAUAUACAGUCCGCUCCGGUGCUUUCUACAUGUACAUGUUAAGGGAGGUUUUACUGGAAGAGUUCACCCAGAUCACAUCUGUUCCUCUUUUAGAGCUGAAGAUUUGGAAUAAACACCUAUAUGAUGCCUAUUUAGGGCUUGACUUGUCCGGUUGUGUGACCAUUUUAAUAUGUGGGUGAACUAUUCCUUUAAAUAUCACCUGGGCGAACUUGCCAUUGAUUGUCAGAUACAACCAAGAAAAGCUAAGAAAACCAAGGAAAAUCAUCAUAUAUUUCUCGUCAAUAUGAUUUUACGGUCAGCUGGAAUGUUUAUUAUCAUGACUGAUAUGUGAAGAGAGGAUGGUGUGAUGCUUUCUGUUAAAGCAUCUCGUUGCUCUUUACGGAACACUUUCAUUUCCAUCGAAAAUUUCAAAGCUCUCAUCUCCAGAUCAUUGUGGUUUUGUUCUACGCUCUCGAUGAUGAAAACGUGUGCAUUUUAAAAGAAAGGUUUAAUGUACAUUGCUGACGCAUCUCUUGAGUUUGUAUAGACUCACUGAUGUAUGAUAACCUGAAGGUCUGUACUCUUUGGCACUUGUAUGUAAUUGUAUGCCUUUGUUAUACAUUUGUAUAUUGAGGAGUUGUGUUUUGAGUCAAGGUAUUUAAUAUCUUGCACUGUUAAUAAUGCCAUUGAUGUUUCUGUACAGUUUUAACCGUCGGGUCUGUGUACAUCCGAUAAGUAAAGGCAUGUCCAUUCUUUUUCUUUGGGUUUUGUUUUGCUUCUGUAGGAUUAAUUUUGGUUUCACGUUUUUCAUAUUUUCGUUUCAUCCUUGUCUGUGUACUUCCGUUGAACUGUGCUCGUACUAGGCCCUUUCUUUUUUUAAAUGUGUUAUUUUCCGAUCUGUACAUGGACUGUAAAGUUUUAUGGAUCUUUUCAAAAAUAUUCAAAGAGGGUUUGUAAACGAGAUGCAGAGAGAGAGAGAGAGAGUGAGUGACAAAGACAAAGCUUGACGGAAAGUUAUAUCAUAUUUAUUAGGCUCGUCAGAUGAUGGACGGUGUGUAAUUUAUUGUACAAAUGUAAGCAGAAAAGCCUUUGAAAUAAAUGCCAUAGUUUGUGA